ACACCGACACUGUAGGAACACUGACGCUUUACCUCUAAAACAGGUCACUGUCCCUUUAAGACGCGCUGCAGAAGGAAACAGGAAGUUGUGUGUCAUGAACAUUUAACACAAAGAAACAAAAACGAAAGAAAUUGUGUGACAUGGCGGGGAUUAAAGCUCUGGUCAGUUUGUCCUUCAGUGGUGCCCUCGGACUGACCUUUUUGCUUUUGGGCUGUGCUUUGGAGCAGUAUGGCGUCUACUGGCCUCUGUUCGUGCUGAUGUUCUACGUGAUCUCGCCGUUGCCGUACUUCAUUGCCAACAGGUGCGGCGAUGAUACUGAUUCCUCAAGCAAUACGUGCAGGGAGCUCUCACAUUUCCUGACCACGGGGAUCGUGAUCUCGGCGUACGGGCUACCUGUCGUGCUGGCUCGAACAGAAGUGAUCAGAUGGGGAGCCUGUGGCCUGGUGAUGGCAGGAAACAGUGUCAUCUUCCUCACCAUCCUUGGUUUCUUCCUGGUGUUUGGUGGCAGCGAUGACUUUAGUUGGGAGCAAUGGUAAAGUCGUGACCGGCGACGGGUUGCCAGAUUGACAAGGCUUCCUAACGUCUGCUUUUGUAGAGGGGAGGGAGUGGGUGCAAUACGGGAACAUUAAGGCUGAGCUUCAUUAGUAUCGUUAAUGGAAGUGUUGUUGAGUUGAAGAAAGAAGGAGCUUCAGUGUCUCACUUGUGUCACGACUCUCGACUUAUGUCGACACACUAGACAUAAAUUCCUGGGAGGGAUAACGGAUGUGAAAAAAUAAUGCACUCACUUCACGCUAGAUUCAUAAUCAACACUAUUUUCAAAUAAUUGCUUAAAUAUUCGUAUUCUUGUUAUUGUCACACUAUAUACACCUUUGCUGACUUUAAAUGGUUUAAAACACCUAGAACUUUCCAGAUCAACCCCCCAAAAAGCUACAGAAAUUUGGGUACAUUAAUUUACAAAAAAAAAAAAAAAAAAGGAAACACACGUGAUGACGUAAAGCAUAAAGGAUCUCUGUGUGAAGACAAAGCUUCUGUCAUAUCAAUAUGUCAAAAGAAAAAAAAAUCUGGACCCCUCACUGCCCUUUAGCUAUAAAGAACUCUUUUAUAACUUAUAAUUCAGACGUUUGGCUUAACAAAGCUUCUCAUUUAGGCUUAUUAUUAAUAAUCUAUUCACAUGUUCUUCACCACGACACACAGCUCGGGCUUGUGGUUAAUGGCCCUCCUUCUGAAUGUAAAGAUAAAUGACCCGUCUCUGUCUAGCUUCAGGCUGCUAUUCCAGUUUCACCUUUGUUUAACUCUCAUCUUUCCUAUGACAAUGCAUCAUAUUCGAGUGACUCUGAUUCAGAACGGUCAGUGCAUCUCUUUAAUACCAGGAUAGCAUUUCAAUGCCUGUCACACAAACAAUUAUUCACUGUUUAAAAUGACUCUCUGAUGAUUUAAUAACAGACCAAUUUGCAUGUACACGGUCUCCGAAUCAUUUGCUUGUGAAAUUCAGAUUCAGAAUCGUUUGCAUUUGAUUCACUCGAAUGUAUUCACCUCACACAACUGACAGGUAGUAAAUUAUAACCCGUCCAUAUCGCCGACAUCAACCAAACUAAUUCUACAUCUUUAACUCGUUUAUCCUGACCUAGACCUUAAAGCCUUUAUCGUUCUGUAUUUACAUAAAAACUAAUAAAGCUCAAGCCUUCCUCCCUCAUCAUCAUCGUGUAUUUAAUGAAAACCGAGAAGGAAUAUUGGAGGGAAAAGCCAUAGAUAUUGAUAUGUUUAAUUAAAAUAGCCUGGGUGUUAUAUCUCAUAUAUAUAUAUAUAUAUAUAUAAUUUUUUUUUUCUUAACCACAGUUCAAUGUCCUCUGUGUGUGUGUGUGUGUGUGUGUGUGUGUGUGUGUGAUAGUAAGCAAUAAAGCUCUUGUAUAUUGA